AUGGCACCUAUCAAACAACCAGACCUGAAGAAAAAGAAGAGAACGUUUUUCAAAUCCAGGUUGGAUAUACAGUUACCAAUAGUCAAAGAUGAUAAUACUGCGAAGAAGCAGGAGAAAGGGAAGGUGAUAGUACCAAUCAAGAAGAGUGAAGAGGUGGUCACGGCUUUGAGGAGUAACAAUCCAGAGGUGAAUACUCGUACCGGCAAAACAACUGGUGUGAAGGAUAGUGUUUAUAAGAAAGUUAAAGUAUAUACUUCAAAAGCGAAAUCGAAAGCUCAAGCGAUAGUUGGUAGGGGAACAAGGAGUAUUGUUAGGUCUAGUAAGAAUAGUGCCAUUGGGAUAAACAACAAACCGAUUCGUACGGUCUCGGUCUCAUCGAGGAUCACGAAGUCACUCACGAAAAUACCAAAAGCAAAAGCAACGCCUAAAGACAUGGAUAAGGACAAGAAAACGAAUGUGAUAGAAAUAACUAGAUCAGUGAAAGGCAAGGAGGAGGCUAUACCGAAGACUAAGACCAGUCCAAAGGUGGUGAAUACAACUAGGAGUAAGAGCUUUACACUUUCCAAACCUAUAAAUCAGAAGAAGAAACACAAAAUGGUUACCGCCAAAUCGAUCAAAGCUACAAAAGAGAUACUUUCUAAACGUAUAUUAUCGACCUAUAAAUCUAAAUCACAAACAUUAGCUGAAUCACAGAAACAGAAAGAGUCUCAGAUAGAAUUGGAGACAAGAGUCAAAAGUAGUACUGGUGGCAGUAAUAGUAAACCAUUGAAGAAGGAAUAUAUGACAGCUGGUUUCUAUUGUCAAGAUCCCCAUCCACCAUCUACGAAACAACUCCAUAACAAAAUAUUGUCAAUACGCAAAACCGAGAGUAAAAAUACCAAGAAUCAGAGUAAGAGUAAGAAGGUAGAUAUACCGGUUGGACGAAGUACGAGGAGUAAACAAGCUUCAUCCUCCACCACGACCAAGAAAACGAACGCUUCUGCUUUGAAGGACGAACAAAAGGUCUCUGUCUCUUUCCCACCGUUACCUUAUGAUCAUGGAUAUGAUCUCUUCUUCAACCAGGAGCACGAAUUUACAUUACCGUAUAAUAUCAUGAAAGAAAAGUUGGAUGGCAAAUUGGAUGGGAAGAAGAAACCUAUGGCUUAUUCGAAAAUAAGUAAGAACAUCUACCCGGAACGACAAAAGUACCAAACGGACUUUCAUGCGAUAUGCAAAUGUUCGCCAGAGUCGAAAUGUUCCGAUCAAUGUAUAAAUAGAUUGAUGAGUUAUCUCUGUGGGAAAGAUUGUCCUGCAGGUGAUGAAUGUACGAACAAGACCUUGAGGAAGAGGAAAGCGGCGAGCUAUAAGGUAGUCUAUACCGGUUCAAGAGGUUUCGGAAUCGUGCUUACUCAGGAUGUUAAAGAAGGUGAUUUCGUCAUGGAUUAUAGAGGCGAGGUAAUAACGAUGGACACCUUCAUGGAACGUAUACAAAAUGAGUACAAGGGGACUAAGAAUUUCUAUGCGUUAGCUUAUGACCAGGAUGAAGUUAUCGAUGCUGGGAUGAAAGGAAAUGACGCGAGAUUCAUCAAUCAUGGAUGCGCACCGAACCUCGAAGUGAGGAAGUUCGAGAUUGCAGGUGAUGGGCUGGAGGAAUACGAAGUCGGGAUGUGGGCUCUGAGGGAUAUCAAAGCGGGCGAAGAGCUCUUCUACGACUACAAUUUCGAAUCUUUCGGAGUUGCUGCCCAAUCCGACGAACUUCGUACCAAGUGUCAUUGUGGUGCUCCCAACUGUAUCGGUUUCCUGGGUAGGAAAGCGGGUGAGAAGACUGCUAAAGGAUUAGCAGCAGAGUUGGCCAACAAAGCGAAGACUCUUACCAUCAAGAAAUCUACUAAGAAGUCAUCCAAAGUCAGAAAGAAUACGAGUAUGGGUAUGACUUUACAAGGUGGUACCGCCGUGAUGGGGUUGAUGGAAGAUACUCCAUCUAUCAUAUCGGAUUCUGAACCGGUCUCUUCGCAAUCAAGUGUAACUCUCAAAACUCCCUCGGAGAGUUCAGUCGAUGUAGUUAUAGGUACAGUAUCUAGUGGGACUUCCACUGUAGACUCAUCCUCAAAGACAAGUGGCAAAAAGAGGAAAAGUGAAGUGUCGACUACAGAUGUUGAUAGUAAUAUUAUCGCAAAGAAGAAAAGUAGGAAAUCUGAACCUGCCCCUGUACCAUCCAUCACAGCGAAGAAGGCGAAACCACGCAAAUCUGAACCUAUACCUGCACUUGAAGCUUCACCUUCAAACGUAUCGACUUCUCCAACGCAAACGAAAACGAAAAAGUACAAACCAAGAAAAUCCGAACCUAUACUUCCAUCUCAAGGGAAAAUACUCAAUCCACGAAUCAGUAUGGCCGAAGUUCGAGAAGCUGCCAGGAUCAAGAAAGCGGAGAUUGUGAAAGCUAGAAGAGGAGCUCCGAAAGGAUGGGUCAUCCUGCCGCUUGGCACGAGUACGAGUACGAGUGUGGCUAAUAAUUCUGGCUCUGGAGGUAUGGGAGGGAGAAGGCCGCCGAGAGAUAGAUUGAGUCUGGGUUGA